AUGGAUGAAGACUUUGUAAUUCCCUUGUGUAAGGACGAUUUAUUGAGCAGUGAAGAAGGAUCUUACGUUGUGGACGAAGUACUCUCAGUGCGUGUUCUUCCGAACAAACUUCGAGGUAGAUUUUAUUGUAGUUGACGAAACAUUUGCCGCGUUUUUACGCUUUUCUGUUUACGUUGUCAUGUUGACCAACUUUCAGAAUGCUUGUCUGAUCUUCGAUCUGGUGUGCCCACUGCCAUCGUCCAAAACUUUGACUGCUUGUUCAGUCUUUUGAGGUAAGAUUACUUCUUCGUUACUGUUUAUCUAAACCCUAUGUCUGUCCCACCAUUUUUCAACUUCCACAUGCCCUUACCAAUCGGCUUAAUGCGUAGCAAUGACAGCUGGAAGGGUAAGGUGUACUUGUGUUUUUAAAAAGAAUUGUUUAACGUUACAACCACAUGAACUUCAAAUCAGACAAUUUUUCCUUGCAGACAUUUUAAUGAAGUGGACAGUUCUCUUCGAGAGAGCACUUGGAAUAUAUUGCUUGAAGGUAUUCAUUGUUACACAACAGUUUUAAAAAUAUGCACAGUAAGAAGAAAAUGUAUGACUGUAUACAAUGGAAUUAAGACCUGAUAAGAAAGUUCCAAGUAGAUUUUACUAUAGCGGGGAAAACGGGUAUCAUCCAGGCUGAAAACUAAAAAUAACAGCAAUCCUUGGAUAGCUGACAAAAUUUACUGCCUGUAGUACCAAAAAACACGUGAAUUCUUGGAAAUUCAACGUGCUGAAGGAUUGCUCUACCAGUUUGAAAAUUUAUUUUCCCUUUGGUGCUUGAAAUAAGGGAGGAUACUGCUCAUGAAGAACCAGAACCCUUACCCUUGGAUUUGGGCUUUGAUGCUCCACCAUGGUGCUACCAGAAACUCUGUGAUGAGCCUGACAGUACUGAAGGCCAUUACAUACCAAGUGUGGCUCAGCACAGAGUUCUCCACAGAACAUUGGUGGAGCAUCAAAGCACUAAUUCAAAGUUAUUUUAUUUGUGGGGACUUAGAUCUUUUAUUUUUUUUGUCCCACAGCAAUGAAAAACACAUCUCUUUGUUGCAUUUGCCCAUACAUACUUUAGGUUCAGCAGUCAUUUUGACUGUUUACAAUGAUAAUUCUUGUACACUGUAAGUUUACACCUUAAAUGCAUUAACAUGAAAUUUAUUUUUAUUUCAUGGUGAGUUCUACUGAUCAUUGAUUUGCCAGUCAACAGGACUGGUAAAAGUGUGAAAAUAUAUUAGGCCUUUUCAUGACAUAGGGAAUUUGAUAAGGAAGAGUUGAACUUCUUUUAAUGAAAAACAAAUUUUGUGUGCCUUUCAUUUAGUUCUCUGCCAGUUCACAAAUGUACUUCCAGAAAUUUUAGAAGAUGGAGACAUUGAUUUUCAAGUUAGAAGGACACAUCUCAAUACUCUUAAGGUAUUCAAAUUACGUCAAGUACAUUAUUGUUAUAUUUAAUGCAUUUAUAGUCUCAUUUCAUGGGCUGCAAUCCUUUAACCCUGUAGACACUAGCACUAGUACGGAUAUUCUCUUCUGGGGCCGACAUAGAUACUUUGUUUAACAAUCAAGAGCUUCUUUAUUUGGUGAUCAUUUCCUUUUUUCUUGUGACCUUAAUGUGUGAUUCAGGGAUGAUGUUGUAGGGAGAAAUUAGAUGCUAGUCACUCGUAGGGGUCAGAGGGUUAAGACUAGGGCCACUGAUCAACAGGCUCUGGAAGAAACCUUUCUUUCCUUACAUCUAUCCAGUGGAUAAACAGACAAAACAGAUAAAUACAAGGAAAUGAGUUUAAUGCCAUACUCAAACAAAUGGUCUCAUUUCAAGCAAAUUAACCCUUUAACUCCCAGAAGUGGUUAAAAUGUAACGCCUUCCUACAAUAUCCAUACACUAUCCAGCAAACAGGCAAUAAGAAUACUCAAACUUAUCAGGUAUAAGCUGUCACCUUGAUCUAACAUUAAAUUUGUGUAACUUGUUUAAAAAGAAAUGUGUACCAGCCAGAGGGGAGAAUUAACAAUCUGGGAGUGAAAGGGUUAAGAAUCUUGAGGGUUUGCACGAGAUUGUUAGCUCUGUUAAAUUUGAAAAAUCAUCAUCAACUAAAAGUUGUUGUUUGUGAAUUAUUUUAUCAUUGUCACUCAAUUUUUAUUACAGAUGUUGUGCUACUUAAUAGUGCAGUUGGCAGAUGCAUUUGAAGUAGAGGCCACCAAGCCUUCCACUGAGGUCAUAGUCUCUGGAAAGGUAUUUGUUUAAAAACUAUGCAUGAUAUUUUGUAGUCCCUGAGUUUUGAUUGGUUUACAUGAGAUAAUUAUUAUGGUUAUUGGCUAUCUUCCAUCUCAUAUUAAAUGUGAUCUCAUGGAAUAAUUAUAGUAUAUUAUAUUUAGACAAUGUGUUUUCCUGGUACAAAAAACAUCUGCAACCAUGCAUUUUUUAGCAGUGUAUUUUAGGUUAAUUUUAUCAGAUUGAAAACCAAAAAUGACUAAAAAUAUUAAUGUUACUUAAGAUACUGACAAAACUUAAUUGGAUGUUGGUUUCCUCUUACAUUUGAUAAUCAUGUUUACAUUGCAACUUCAUUUUAUCUAUCUUUUGGUUUUUCAAGCGGAAGGGAAAGGCCACCAAUUCAAAGAAAAAGACAUCAUCUUCUUGGGAGUGGGAAGAACAGCGUGACGUUCUGAUUCAAACCUUGGGACAACUGAUGCAGCUUGAUGUAAACAGACUGUGGGAUCCACCCAUUAUAGAAGAAGAAUUUGUCAAGUAUGGGUGGAGAGUCUUGUUUAGAUCAAGUUCAACUGCACUUGAAGCAGAUUUGUUUCUGUUAUUGACACAUCAUUGUUAAGAAUAUUUUGGUAUAUUAUCUAUCUGUUUUGCUUUUUUAUCAGUUUAAUCACUGGUUGUUGUUAUAAAUUCCUGGAGAAUCCAACAUCUGUUAAGAAUGGAACAACAAAAGAUCUGAUCUUUAAUCUCCUGGGAGUAAUGGUGAAGAAGUACAACUAUGGUUUAGGUGAGUCAAAUUUUUAUAAUUCUGAAUUGUGCAUUUAAUGCUACCACAAUAAUUUUUGGAAUCACACUCUUUUGCAAGGUAAUUAUGGAAUUAAAAUGAUUGUAACUCUAUUUAAAUAGGGUGAGUGAAUUUGCUUGUAAACUUGCAUAAACACUGAUAUAUUAAAUCGAACUGACAGAGAAGACACAGUCUUGUGAUGGUUAUUUAUCAAUUGAAGUAUUUGUCCCAAUAUCAUUUUCUCUUAGGCAUCAGUCUGAAGAUUGUUCAGCUUUUACAACACUUUGAGCAUCUUGUCCAGCCACUGGCUCAGGCUGUACAAACAUUUGUGGACGAGUUUUCUAUUAAAGGUGUUGUCUCUGAGGUUAUAAGGUGAGGUGGUACAAGCAUGGCAUUUCCCUGAGUUAUGUUCAAAAUGUUACACUUUACAUGAAUUAAGUAGAAUGUGUGUAAUUUUUUAAUUUCUAAUUUUUAUACAAAUUGCCCAUGUUAUACAUUUCUGGUGUCAGAUUCUUUUCUUUGAUGUCAAUCAAACUAUCUAUGUCACCAAGUUAUUUCACACUUCAAGAGGAUUUGAUACACUGGGUUUAUUACAAACAGCUUAGCUAUGACAGAGUUGAUUAAAAGUGGCAUUUAACUACAGAAUUACAAAAUAAAUGUCUUACAUAUGAAAUGCCCAUGAUGUGUGACUUUUACAGUCAUACCUAAUUGGGAAAUUGGCAACGAGUCUGUUGACUGUGGUAAUCUGAAUGAGUGAAAAUACUGAGGUGGAUGCCCUCGGCACUAGAUGUGCUCCUAAGCCCUCCCUCUUCCCCUCCCCCCUUCUAGAUUUAAGCUCUACUCUAUACUCCCAUAUGAGAGCUCUUGCUCAAACUUUAGACUUCAAAUUUACCAGCACUUCCCCUUCCCAGUGUAGUUUACUAAGUGAACCAACAUUUUCUGUCCAAUGACAGUGAAUAUAUGAAAAUCAUAUAUAUGUGAGCUGUGGUUUAAAUAAUGAAUAUGAAAGUGAUCUCUAUAGUAAUGAACACCACUUAAGCAGUAAUGAAAAGUGAAAAUAAGGCCUGUAUGUACAGGCCUGAAUUGUUUUCAGGCCUUAUUUUUACUAUUGCUUAAGUAGUGUUCAAUACUGUGAAGAUCACUUUCAUAUUCAUAUCCUGUCCAGUUGACCCACCUUUGUGUAAUGGAUGAUGCUGAGAAGAAACGACUGCCUUUAAUCUUUUUAAUAUCUGGUAGAGUCUUCUGAGCUUAGGACCCUACAACUAGGAGUUUACAGUGUAUGUAUGUUCAAUACAUGUAAUUGUUUUUGAUUCUACAGAGAGAUUGGUCGCAUGGAUCCAAGAGAUCUGGCACGAGACACCAGUGGCACACGUGCUUAUGCAGACUUCCUAGUAGAACUUGCUGGUCGGGUCCCAAGUCAGAUCAUCCCCAACAUCAGUGUACUACUUUGUCACCUGGAUGGAGAGGUAAAUCUCAUAAUUUCAGAGUAACAGUUGUCUUGUUUUUUUUUACCCAAAAUACAGUAAAUGUAAUUUUGACUAAUUUAUGAUAUUCAUGUUAUUGGUCAGUGAGAACCUGAAGAAAUGUUUUAGUUUCCAAGCAAGUUUUCAGAGUUUUGAUCAGGAGAUGAGCAUUCAUGGAAGCAUAUGGAAAAUUAUUCUUUAGAAAAUGGAUCAUUGAGUAAAGAUAAAGUAAAUGAACUUGCAAAUGCUUACUAUAAAUUUUAAUAUGUCCUAUAUAUUGAUACAAUAAUAUUUCAUAACAGUCUUAUUCAAUGCGGAAUGGUAUCCUUGCCUUGAUGGGUGAGAUUGUCAUCAAAGUCCUCUCCAAAGAAGAUCUUGAUGAUGCUGCCAAGAAACUUAGAGAUCAAUUGUUAGACAAAAUGGAGGUGAGCACUAUGCCUGAAGAAACAAAUGCACAUAAGACUUAUUAUAAAAAUUUAAAGAAAAACGUGCACACCUGCAGUCAUGUUAUAUUCAAACCCUUAAAAUAUUUGCAAUGAUAUCACAGUCAGAUCAACUAGGGUACAAAAUUAAUAGACAUGACAAGACUUUCAACCAUCAGGGGCACAAAAAGUGGUUGUAAUGAAGGGAAUGGUAUAAAUUCUGUAAUUUUUUCCUGGGUAACCCAAGAAAGAAUAAUGAAAAAUAUUGUAUAUUUAACAACAAGAUUCCAUGUUGCUGUACAUCUGUUUAGGAAUAGAGUGACAGAGAAUGUCAAAAUGUGGUUAGAAAAAAAUAAGUGGUAAACAAGGUGCAGCUGAGUGUGUCAGUAACAACCACAUUUUGACAUCCUCUUUUACUGUACAGACCCAUGGCAACAAUAUGAAAUCCACUGUAUAUCAUUAGUAAGAACCAAUCAAAAUUCCAGUAUAACUCAGUUUAUCAUGCAAUGAUUUUUAUGUUUUCAAUUUUUUUGUCACUUUGAAAAGCAAAUACCCAAUAAUAUUGGAGAUGUUUUUAGGGGUGAUUACUAUGUGUACAUGUAUACAUUUUAACUUUUUUUUAUUCUCAUUAGGACCACAUUCAUGAUGUCAAUGCUUACGUAAGAAGUAAAGCCCUCCACAUUUGGCUUGAGCUUUGUAAAGAAAAGGUAACUUUAGCCACUACACCAUGAAUACUGUGGACCUCUUUGUAUUUAAGCCAUAGGUACUGAGCAUGAUUAAAUUAUAUGCACCAGUGGAUUCAGUGGUAAUUAGUUGAACAUUUCUCCACUCUGGGGCGUACUUGCUGCUUGCAAACCAUUAAUUUCUCUACGUGUGAAUGAAAUAAACUUCUCUCUAAAGUGUCACUAACCCUGAAAUUUAUUUUUUGAAACAAUUGAGAAAUUUUCGUGUUUUACGGAUCAUCACAAUGAGAAAAUUGUCAAUUCUACAAGCAAGCAUUCUAAAGCUCAAUUUUUUAAUGUUCAUGGCCACACAUCUUGGGACCUGGGUCUGAAAGGAUGUUGUGUCAUCUUGGGAACCGUGCUACAAGGUGGCAAUGAAAAACCUAAAAGAAACAGAAAGAAAGGUAGAAGGAUAACAGAUUGAGUCAUGCAAGCUGCAUAUCUGGAACCUGUCAAAUGAACUAAUGACAGAUGAACAAACUUAUGGCUGAUCAAUCUGCCUCAGAAAAUACAUUCUCAGACACUUAAGUGUGUAAAGGCAAUAGAUCAAAAGGGAAUCAACCCUUGACUUACAAACGCAUUACAAACAGAUGGAGACCUUCCAAUACACAAAUUUUUAUUUGCAUUAUCCCCCUAGUGUAAAGAAAGAAUUCGUAAAUGGAGAAGUGCUACAUUUCCUAAGAACAAAUUUAUCACGCUCCAUGUUUAAUAAAAACAUACUGAUUUUCAAAAUGGCCUUUAAGAGUAGAGGAUACUCAGACAUAAUUUUGCACAAAUAUAUCUCUGCAGCUAAUUUUUAUUGGGAGAGAAAGAGCUCUCAAGAACAAAGAAAAUAGUACACAGAAGAAAAGACUGCCUUUUUAUACAUAAUGUCCUCAGAGAAAACAGAGAUGGAGAAAUUGCCCCUUAUUCAGAACCAAAUGCACUCUAAAGUGGUAUUUAAGGAGCCACCCCAAUUAUGAUAUAAAAAACCAGAGUCAUUAAAAGAUAGCCUGGUCAGAGCUAAACUUUAAAAGCCAAAGAUUUAAAAUUGCUCACAAACGGCAGGAGUCAUGCCAGCCUAUAAACAUAUUUAUAAGCAAUCGACCUAUUUUCUCAUGCAAUUAUUUGCUUAUGGAUGGUUGUCCUCCAAAUACAGGUUGGUAUGAAGAGUGAUCCAUCUUCUAAGGAAGCUGUAUCACCUCUGAUACAGCCUCUGUUGACACCCUCCAGGCAUAAUUAUAUUAUAGUUCUUUCCUAAGUUGUAGUUUGACUGCUUUUCACAAAAGGUUAUGAAUAAUGUUGAAUUGGUUCCCAGGAUGAUGUCAUGAGGCAACCUGCCCCAUUCUCCCUUUUUCUCCUGAACAUGGAGGAGGCCAAUUUUGGGAUCUUUGAAAAUUCAUAAAAAAAAAAAUAUAAUAACUAAAAUAGAUGUGACAUUAAUUUUUUUCGACUUUGAUAUCAGAAAGAUAGGAAGAUUUGUUUUGUCAAAAAAACCUUUUUGAGGUUAGUGGCACUUGUGACCAAAAUAAAUGAACCAACUUCCCAUUGGAAAUAAAAUCCCAUCCUAUCAGACCCACUGAAUAAUGAACAAAUGGCCAUAACACACUAGAUAUUCCAUGCAACUCUAAACUUACAUUAACUGCCUGGUAACAGCUGAGUCAAAUGUCUUUGCUCAGUUUUUAUAGGAAAAUGUAGCCAAGACCGAACAGACAAACAAAACACAAAGUCUACAUGUAUAUGUGGCUUUGUUUGAUAUAAGAUAAUACACAUAUUGUCCUUUUUACAGGCAAUUCCCCUUUCACGUCAGCCUCACCUUCUGGAACUAGUGAUAAAUCGUCUUCAAGAUAAAUCUAGUAUUGUGCGCAAAAAUGCUAUUCAGCUUCUGAAAACAUUUCUCAUUUGCAAUCCCUUUGGGGCACAGGUGAGUUAAUGCAGAGGUUGUUUAAUGUUGUGAGUAAUACUUGGUAGUUAAAGCUAUUAUUUUCGAGGCAAGUCUGUUGUUUAGACUAGUAAACAUUCAGAAACUGGUAGCCAAACAUUAACUGCAGAGUGCUGCAAAAGAGAAUUCCGUUUUAUGAUCAGGCAGGGUUGUCAUUUUGCACUGACUAAUGUAUGAAUUGUGAUCAAAGAGAGAAAGGAAAUUCCCUCUGACCCCCUCCCCCCCUUAGAGGGAGUAACAGCCUACUCAGCUCAGAUCAUGCGUGGUUUUUCGCGAUACUCAAAUGUCGGUGAUCUAACUUUUUAACAAUCUCAAAACAAGAGAAAAUUAUUUGUUAUUUCAUGCGUCGUUAAUCCUAUUUACAUCAAACCUAUUCGUGAAAUCUAGGUCCAAAAAACAAAACACGGCGAGAACUAUCGAAAUACACAACACUCAGAGCCAAAUAAAACUUCUGGUUACGUUCGGAAACACAACACAGAGCCAAAUAAAACUACUGGUUACGUUCGGAAAACUUAAUUCCUCUUAGGUAAGUGUCCACUGCUUUCCUGCAGUCUCUCCACUGGAAAUCUCUUCCUUCGGGUGGAGCUGGAUAGAACUUGCAGACUGCAUCCAUGAUAACUUUAACUUUGUCAGGAUUAAGUGGCUGUUUUCCUGCCACCCCUCGCACAUUUCUGCCCCUUAGUUCCUCUGGUUGAAACAGCAUGCGAGUGAGGUGGACGGCAAAGUUUUUAACAGAGGCUGCCUUUGUUCUUAUUUCAAAUAAUUCUUCAUGACUGAAGAAGUCAUUUUGGUCCGUUGGAGUCAGUUCACCCUGCUGCUCGGCUGAUGUGGACGGCGUUGUGUUUAGCUGGACUCCUGGCGUGUCUCCUGAUAGUGUCAGGAUUGGAACGACCUCCGGAAUUGCAAUGGGAGUAGCUGGCGCAGUUACUGGCAGAAGGUCGACAGGCGGCGGGGUUUCCGGCACGCGCGUUAACAAAUCAAUCAGCAGAACAUCGAAGUUGUUCGCAAACUUAAUACGGCUAGAAUUUCAUUUAUUUGGUAGCACAAGCGCCGCGACUUGUGAUGAAUUUCGAGACAUGCGAUCGACCAAAAAAAAAAAAAAAAGACAGUUUGGGAUACAGGUGAACGAGAAUUUCGAAAGUAUUCACAAAUUACAGGUUGUAAAAUGAAAUCGCUUUUUAUUUUUUUUUUUUAUCGGGAACAGAUCUUUGGAUAACGCUUGUUAUCGGGAAUACACAGACGCCGUGGAGAUGCUAAGGCGAAUGUGACAAAAAAGUCGGCUUUGUUUGGGCCUCUUGUUAUGCAAAAUGGUUUUAAAGUGUGAUCUACUAAUGAGCUUCACUAAACGCGUUUGCGUUUGCGUGGACACGCAAACGCUAACGCGUUAAGUUCAAAACGCCGACGCGUUGGCUCUGCGUGGGGAACGCGUUGAGUGGUUCGCUUAUCUUCGAGCGGUACUGUAGUGCAUUCUCUAAUGACAAUUAUGACAGGCUCUCAUUAAUAGUGCAGUAGUAAUUGGCAAAGCUGAAGAAAAAUAAGCAAGUGGUGCCCCAUCUAUUAAGACUCAGAGUCGCACACAAAUAAGAUCCUGUUAAGUACAAAGCUGAGCAGUUGAAACAAAAAGAAAGGUCCUCCCUAGGUUACAAAAGUACGGGAAGUUUCACAGAAUGUGACUGGUGUCACAAACGUUUAAAAAAAAAAUACAAACCCCUCUUUGAUAUUUUCAUGUUUCUGUAGUUACCUUUGGACCAUUUGCGACAGAACUUAUCAAAAGAAACUGAAAAACUAAAGGAAAUGGCUCCACAGUUAUGUGAGGAACAUGAUGGCCAAGGUAUGGUAUUUUAAAUGUUUUUCAUUUAAAUGGUUAGGUUUAAGGCUCCUCUGCAAAGACUCAAACAAAAGAACAGUUUGGGCUGGCUCAAUAAAUGUUACCACUUCCAAAAGUACUGCAUGUAGUCAGAACAGCAUGUUGGCCAACUUUAUCAAAAGAGGAGUUUAAGUAACAAAUAAAGGAGCUAAAAUGUGCAGAGAGGUUAGUUGGCCCAAACCAGUUCAACCAAGUUGUUGAAAGAUAAGUUAGCAACAAAUAAUUAUAGGCCAUGACAUCAAUAUUGCAUUCGCCCCAAGACCAAAUGCAAUUUCUCUAGUCUUUGAAAAAUUUACAUGUGCUUAUUUCACCAAAUUGCAAGAGAAAUCGUUUCAUUAUUUGUUAAUAAUUUACAUGAAAAACCAUCACAGAGAGUCAAGACAGACAAAAUUUGAAAGAAUUCAGGCUAUUUGCAAUUUGCACUCGUGUCACAACUUUGCACACGUGUUGUACAUGAAAAUGCACUUAAUUUUAGCCAAUCAGAAGCACAUAAUUUUUCUUGUAUAUUAUUAACUUAGUAAAAUUCAUUGGGAGAGAAUGUAAUUACUCUAAAGGUUCACUACAGCUCCACAAGAAAUACAUGCAAGUGUCUUAAUUCCAAGAGCACAAUAUUGCAAUGGGCAUUUAAUGCCACUUGUUACAGGAUCCACUGAGCUGUGUAGAAAUAUUAUUAGAGUGGCCUGAUAUUAAUGGUGUGUGAUUAAAAAUACAUUUUUUGUUGUUGUGAAGAACUAGGUCAAUGGAUAAUGGAAUUCAAGAGUAUGAUUAGCUAAUCUGCACUAACAAUUGAGCAUUUUAGACUGUGGUCAAGGCAGUGCUAUGUCAGAUCCAGUGUUCCAUAGACCACUCCUUUUGUCCUUGGGUGACUUGUACAUGUUUGUCUCAACAGUCCACUCAAUUCUUUACAAAUGAAAAAAAGGGAGAAAGUUUCUUAAGAAACUGGUGCUGCGUUGGUGGGAGAGUAUAACAAGGUAAUUUAGUAUUAGCAACAGAGUUGAUGACACAAAUUGGCCAUUGUAAAGAGUUUCAAAGUUGACAUUUUGAGCAUUAGCUAAUACUCGAAACAUCAGCUUAGAAACUCUUCACAGUGGCCAGUUUAUGUUAUCAACUCAGUUGAUAAUACUAAAGUACCCACAAUUCUUUACCCAUUGGUUAUCUUUCUCAUCAUCUCAUGUCUUACACAUGCAUGAUGGUGAUUUCAAUAAUGAUUAUUUUUCAAAAGAUUUUUCUUUGAACUGAGAGAUUUAAUUUGGUUUCAUGUGCUGUUAGUGCCUGCCGUCCUUGAAGUUGAGGAUGUCAAGAAAAUCUGGGAGGCCAUUAAACCUGAAGUGCAAGCCACUAUUGAGGAGUAUCUUGAUCUGGAGGAGAUUAUUGAUGAAGGGGAUGGUGCAGUGGAGUUCCAAGGAGAUCGGGAAUCUGCUCUGGAAUGGUAAGGACCUUAGACUUACUGUUUGUCAUGUUGAUUUAUUUUUAGGGUCUUCACCCAGGGUUUUCAACAACAUCUCUAUGUUGUCUAUGUACUUUACAGUGCACUAAAGCAGAUUAGAGGUCAUCUUCACAAAGGUCAUCAUAAGAAAGCCCUUGCAGUACUGAAGGCUGCUAUGGUUACUUGGCCAGAGUACACAAUGUUUUUCCGUGCUGAAAGGGAUCCAGAGCUGCAGGAAGAUGGAGAAAGGUACUGGUAUGAGAAUGAUUGUGCUCCCUUGUAGCCUACAAUGGCUCAUUUCGAAACUGUAAAAAUGUGUCACGUAAGCAAGUUACUCUCUUCAUCUCAGGCCAGUUGAACAAGAUAACGACAGCCAUUAACUUCUUGACACAACAAGAUUGAUCUCUUGGCUCACAGUGUUGCCUUAACCUUUUGACUCCUAAGAGUGACUAACAUCUUGUUUCUCCUUGAAAUAACAUCCCUGAAUCAAGCACUAAGGACACAAGAAUAGAGGAAAAUAACUAAUGAUCACCAACUUUAGAAGAUCUUGACUGUUUGACAAAUUCUCCUUGGGUGCACCUUAGGGAAUGUGUUGAGAACAGUAUGGAGAAUAUGCAUACUGAUGUUAGGUGUUAAAGGGGUAAUGGUGUCUCAUGUAGAUCAAUCAAUAGAUAAUCCACGGGCACCAAUUUUUUUUUUUUUUUUUUUUUUUUUUUUGUAGCAUUUUCUGAGAUAAAAUCAUUAAUUAAAACAGAUCUACAAAAUUUCAUUUUAGUAACAAGAGUACAGAUGAAAAUCUUGUAAACAAGAGAUCAGCUGAAGAGCAGCUGUCAAUCAUGCAGGCAGUAUUUCUGGGUAUGUUAUAUACCUCUGUUUUCAAGCUUACUCUGUUAAGGUCCUUUGGCGAUAAUAACAGGAUGUUGAGGACCACGCCGAUUAAAAAAAAGGAUGUUUCUGUUUAAUUUCCACACAACUGCCAAUAUUUGGGUGGAUUCAGUUUUCUGAAUCGGUGUCACAACCAUCGUCAGGAUAUUGCGAACGAAAAAUAAGUGGAGUUCUUCAAAAGACGACAUUUUACGUUCAUGCUUUUCAGAGGAUAGCAGUGACAAUACAUUUUCCUCACUGUCUUAUUUUGCAAAGGAAGAGGGGGAGGGGAGAAGUGAGAGGGGAAAGUUGGUUCGCGGGUGUUGUAUGAUCCACGGGGUCCAGGAGGGAACAAAGCGAUAGCAUCCUUGCCGCCCGCGAGGCUUUCCCUCUUAACACCUAACGAUAAAGCUAGCUAGACUUAAACUCAAAUUUACUCCUUGUCAUCCUGGCCUUUGUGAGCUGAUCACAUUGUCCAGAUGGGACUCCGAGGGACUAUUCAUGGCGAAGUCAUGUCGUAACCUAAUCCCAUGAGAUGAUCAUUAUGUUCUUAAAUCUUUCCUUUGUUUUGUGUUGUUUCUCAAGCCGGCGACAAUGAAGAACCUACACCUCAUGUUGAAGGCAAAGACAUUGAUCCUACAGAACUUCUCGACGUUUCUGCUGAGCAUGAAAACCGUGAUACGUCAGCGGAGGGGCCUAACAAUGGAUUGGUUAAUGAAAUCACCAAACAACAGAUGGUGGUUCAGUUUCUGAAGGUAAUUAGUCUGAAUAAUGACUACUGGCUUUGCGCAAUUUUCAACCAAGCGUAAAAAUUUAUCCACGAUUGAACUGAUAUGACUCAAUUGCGCUUUGUGAUCGAGCAGUAAAAGUCGCUUCAAGUGCACCCUUUCCACCAAUAAGAUACCUAACUGCAGCCAAUUGCGACUUGAUCACCAGCAUUUUCCGCGCUUGAGGUUGCGCACUAAGUUUAUAUUUACUUCGCAUGUUAUGAGCGGAUCCCAAUUCUCUUAAGCAGUUGUGAUUACUCUAGUUGAUUUCACGACAUUUCAAGAAAAAGAGCCCUUACUGAACGUUUAGCCAGGAUAUAUGACGACUUUCUCACCGACUGCUGUCGUCUUUAGAGCAAUCUUUUGCUUACAACAAAUUUUUAUUUGACUUUUUCUUCCUCUAUUUACCACUCGAAGAUUUUAUUCGUUAUUGAGUUGUUUCACAUCCGUCAACCUUUUUUUGUGCUCUCAGGAAACGAUCUGUACUGCAAAAAGACGUGAAAUACAUCAGGACUAUUUUCUCAACUCAAAAAAAUCGUCUGCCUCCAAUUGACCUGUGAGGGGUGAAAAUGUGCUCGUUAUACAAAUAGGGGUAAUUUUUAAGAUCAGCUGUUUUAAUUGGUAGGAUUACGUACAUUUUCAAACCCAAAUGGAGAGAGCCAUCCCUACCUUGUGUCAACUUCUCGGCUCCAAAAGCAUCACGGAUGUUAAUGAGUCUAUCGAAUUCUUUGUGGUCGCCUCUGAGUUUGGCUUGCAGUCUGCCAUUAUUGGCGUGCGAAGGAUGCUGGUAUUGAUUUGGUCGCGUGAUACAGCCGUUCGGGAUGCUGUGGUGGAGGCGUACAAAGGCUUGUACUUGGACCCAGUGGCGCCAAAUGCUAGGUAUGUACUUUUUUUUGUUACAUUUUGAACUACAUUUAUUCACAACUUAUUGCCGUCUCGAAUAUUAGUUAGAGUGAUCACUGUUUUUAUCUCUACAAUUUUAACCUUUCUUAUAACAGGCUGUUGUGAGUACAUGUACUUUGAUUUUGGUCUUAUGACACUCAUUCAAAAAGGCUUCUACAGCGACGCGAUGACUUAAGUUUGAGGAAUGGUUAUGAGGUGUAAAUUAUGACGGGAUUUCCAGGAAGGAAAUCAGAAAUUUUAUAGUUAUGUGUGUAAGAAGUACCACGCCGUCUCCGAAAAAUACUUCGUGAUUGGCUGGUGGCAUUUCUGUAACAAAUCAGGUACUGAGAAUUUAGAUAACUUUUCGAUUGAGCGUCCUUAAACGAUAACCAAAGUUAUUUACAAUAGUCCUGCGGAUUACUUUUGUUAUCUAUAAUUUUUCCUAAGUGCGUAUUCCCCUCGUAACUGUGAAGCAUGGGGUACGUUUACCGAUAACUUAAUCCUUUUCAGCACUUGUAAGUGAAAAUUUUUUGUGCAUGAUUUGUUAUUCUUUCUUAUUCCAGAACUAAAACAUCAUUGAUUGUGAAAAACCUGAUCACUCUUACUCAAGGUGCUUCAAUGGGUGAUCUGACUUCUCUUGAGGAGCUGGUAGGUUUAGUCACCAUUACUUCUGUACAAGUUUGAGAUGGCAUCAACUCGAUUUCCUGAUUCAUUUGCAAAUUUGCAAUGUUCGCUGAAAAAUCAUUGAGGUAGCUUUCAAAUAUUUCAAAUCUCUUUCUCAUAGAUGAGUGAGUUGAUGAAAGGAAAACUUAUUCCUGUUGCCGUUAUAAAAUUACUGUGGGAGAAAUUCACCAUGAAGGUAAAAAUGCAAAAGUUUGCAUAAAACCUUUAUUCAGUGUCUUGUGUUAGGGUGGUAUGCGUUGUUUUCACACGUUGUAUUUGUUAAACUAGUCAGAACCCUUCAAUUACCAUUUUUUGAUCGCGAGGCACGAAGGUACUCUCAGCUUAAAGACAUUUGUUGUUUUAGAUCGCAGCUAAGACUCAAAGUAACAGUGUCACAUGCUGAUCUGAAAUUGUUCUGACAAAUCUUUUUAUUUUGAAGUUUCGUGGAAGGCUAAAACUAGGACUUCAGAGGGGUUACAGAGGGUUAUCCGGAUAGCAUAAUCAUUAAAAUUUAGAUUUGAAUUACAUCCGUGUAAAGAUUAUGAUGUAUAUUGUUUUCCUUAUGCAGAAGGGCUUUUGCUUCUGUACAAUAAGCAAUCCGGUGAUCUCAUUUUCAGGAUCCACAGACCACUCAAGAGGAAAGCAGAAUGGCGUUAGUUCUUUUGGGAAUGUUGGCAGGGUAAGAUCUUAUUGGUUCUGCGUCAUACACUCGAUUGCUAAAAUGUCGACACCUAGAGGCGUUUGCAAUAAACUAUGAGACCUUAUGGCAUUAUGGGCAAGCUGCGCAUGGCCUCCAUUUGUUGCUUUUAGUGAAUGAAGGAAGCUAUCCAAGUUUUCCAAAAUAUUUUCCAUGAAUAACGAGAAAAAAUGAAUCACUAGUUAUGUUUCCUUGCAAACAUUUUCCAUGAAGCCGUUGGGUCUCAUCGUUCAUGAAUCAUUCUUUUAGGGGUCAAAAUUUUCGCAAUCGAACGUACGCAAAAACAAUUGUUAUUUUCAUGAUAAGUACUUUUGGCACUAACAGAAGUGAAGGAAAAUUUGUGAUUGGUAUAAAAUUUCUGAUCAAUAGUUUUCUUCUGCUGUCUUUAUGUUCACUUUUAUGUUCUUAAAUAUCCUUGGUUGUGUUCUAGAGCUGAGAUGGACAUAGUUCGUACUAACAUUGACGUGCUGGUCUCAACGGGCCUGGGACCAAGAGCUGAAGAGGACUUUCUCUUGGCACGUGACACCUGCGUGGCUUUAUUAAAACUUGGCCAAACCCAUAAGGUAUGCGAGUUACUCUUACCAACUGAGUUGGAUGCUGAUGAUGUUUGGAGCAGAUGCUAAUUUUGGUUUCACACUACUUUCUCAACUGCGAAACAUCGUGUUUCCUUAUUUUGUAUUUUUCUUGUCGUCCUUGGGGGUUUUGUCUCUUUUUUUCUUUUGGGGGUGGGGAGGGAGAAAUCUGGUGGAUCUUCAUCUCGAUCUUUUGAUAUUUGCAAAAUCAUUUAAUGGUAAGAAAAGGGUUUCUAUGUACUUUUAUUGAUAUUUUACUUAUAAUUCGUAUACGCGGUUAAAUUUUGUUUCUUUGUCUGUUUUUCAAAUAGAAACCCGGCUGCAGUGCAGCAGAACCAUUCCGACUUCCUCCCAAGCACACGAUAUUUGAACGGCUCACAGAAAUACUAGUAUCAGGUUUGUACGAAGGUAGAUGACGGCUGAUGGGGAUACAGACAUUUCCUUUGUAACUUCAUUAAAAAAAUAGAGGGGAACGGUAAUUUUUUACCAACCAACUGGUAGUUUGGUUAAUGAUACAUUUUUCUUCUACGAUAUUUUUAAAUUAAUAUCAUUGUUAAUAUUAAUAAUAAUAAUAACAUUAUUAUUAUUAUUAUUAUUGCUAUUAUUAUUAUUAUUAUUAUUGCUAUUAUUAUUAUUAUUAUUAAUUGAUCAUUAUUAUUAUUAUUAUUAUUAUUAUUAUUAUUAUUAUUAUUAUUAGGCAGUUUGGUUGUUUUUACUUUGAGCCCCAUUGGCUCUUAAUGGUAUUUUCCUUUUCCUCGGAUUCGGCACUUAAUCGAAAGGUAACUAACUUUUGUUCAAAGGUUGCGCACAACUCUUUUUUGCUCAUGAGUUUAUGUGAACAUUUCUAGGUGUCCGUAAGCUUGAUCAACUGGUUUGGACUCCGCUAAUGGAAAAAGCAAUAACUGUGAUUUAUGUCCUUGCUGAACAUCCUGAAACAAUCGCAGAGAAUAUUAUCAAGAAAAUAGCAGCUUGUUUACUGGAUAAAACUACACAAGAUAAGGAGGAACCUCGGAACAAUCAAAACGGUAAAUACGUUGUGUGAUGUUUCAAGACUUGCGCUUGACAAACAAUUACACAACUGCAAAAUUGCCGAGCGAUUUCAAUAAAAGUCAGUCAGCAGCGGUCCGCCGCUGCCUCAAAGACCCCUCACCGCUGUCUGUUUAGCCUGCUCGCAGGCUCUCGUGUUUGGGUUUCACCUUACGGCCCAGUUGCCUAUUACACCAUCGGCAGCCGCUUAUGGAAAAAGGUCAAUGAAACCAUCGAUGACCCGUCAUUAACUGUGUGAAAUCUCAAGAUACAUGGAGCUUUGCUUAAUAAAAACAUUGGUCAACUAUUGCUUUCCCUUCCACUGUUUUAUUGGCGGUGCUGUUGGCUGAAAUUUAUACGUUAAUCCCUUAUUUCUCCGUGUAGCUUAAAGUUAUCGUGAACUGGAAUACGAGUAAAUAGAAAAUUUUCGAUAAAAAUACCUUAGUUACUCAUUAUCACUUAUUAAAGCAAGUUUCAAUCAGUGUCAAAAAUAAUCCUGGGUUCCCUUUGUUUUUGCUUUAGUUUUCUCUGCGAUUGGUCCAGAAAACUCGCGCCACUUUCUUAGCCAACGUGAUCCAACCUGACUCUUGUGCUGCCUUGUGAAUGACCCGAUACGUCAAUUACAAUUGAGAAAGAGGCUUCGAACCGCUUGGUUUCGUAUUUAUCCGUUUUAACGAGCAACUUUGUUGAGUUUGAAAUGAAGUUUGUUUUAUAUGGUUUUUCAGAUUCUGUAGAAAGCAACCCUGAUACAGACAGAAACGCCGGAAAUUCUCCAACCACGUGCCACGCUGGUAUUUUGGCGCGAUUCUUCAGCUUGUCUGGUCACGUGGCCUUGCGUCACAUGGUUCAUUUGGAUGUGGGAGUCCUGGGGGAAAUCAAACGACGACAGGUGAUCGAAGAGAAUGAUAAGGAGAAAGAGAAACAGGCUAAGAAGACGAGAGGAGCUGGGAGCGAGUGCACUGCCAAUUCCACAAAGGUAAGGUGCAAAGUGGGUUGGACAGAUAGGAAUGGUAUGAGAACAUCACUGGGAAGUCCCUAGCAGAACAGUUGUUAGAACUGUUAUUAACAAUUAAAUUGCAACAAUGUGACAGUUUUAGUUGCCCUUCAAGGUUAGGAUGGCACUGACCCGUGAGUUAAACUUCUUAGGCAAAUGCAGGACUUUUUGAUUGGCAGAAAUGUUUAACAAGCACUGGUUGAGCUGAAUAUAUCUAUUUACAUAUAUGGACAUAUUUCAUUUGAAUCCUUUAAGGAUCCAGGUGCGUCGGAGACGAUCGAGGAGGAACUGGGGCUGACUGGGGCCACAGCCGAUGACGUGGAGACGGAAUAUGUGAGAAAAAUCUGUGAACACGAGAUUGUUACUGGUAUGACGUACAAAUAUUUGGACAAGUUGUGCGGUUUAAUUUACAUUGUUAUACCAGUCAGUGUGAUGAUUUUGAUCACCAUCAGUAUCUAAGCAACUGCGCACCCACUUUUCACAAACCCGGUAUUGACAGUUAUCAAUAAAGGGGGUAAGUUUCUAAAGAAACUGUGGUGUUGCGUUGGUGGGAGAGUAUAACAGGGUAAUUUGGUCGUAUCAACUGAGUUGAUAAUGUAAAUUGGCCUCCGUUUUGAGUUUCAAAGCUGACGUUUCGAGCGUUGCCCGGGCCCUUCGUCAGAGCGAUGACGAAGGACUAACGCUUGAAACGUUAUCUUUAAAACUCAAAACGGAAGCCAAUUUAUUAUUCUUCAGGUAACUGUUGGGUUAGGAGAGGAGAGGUGCGCAGUUGCUCAUGUACUGACAUUGAUACAGAUCGUUUGCUGUUUUGUUUAUAAUUUCCUUGCGUCGUUUUAGUAAUGUUCUCAAAACGUGCUCGUGUUGUGUUCACAACAAAACAGGGGAAGAGGUUGUUUGCAACCGAUUCAAAUAAUGCUCGUAAUAAAAUGGAGAGUUUGAUUCGUUUUAUUUUGUAGCGCUAUGCUUUAUAGAGAGAAAGAGAGAGUGAUUAGAGGGCAGGGAAAUAUUUUUUAUUAGCAUAAUUUGAUUCGUAGUUCAGUUGAUAACAUCAUUUAUUUACACACACCAAUUAUUUUAACCAAGCUAAAACAGUUUCUUAUAUGUAUAGGCAGCUGUAAACAAAUUAGAGGUGCUAGCUUUCUAAUCCACUAGGAACUUUUAAAUAUUACUGUAGUGCCCACAGCGGGCUUACUAAAUGUUGUUCAAUGAGCAUAUUUCCUUUCUAACUUUGGAUUCUUUAGGUGGUACGCUACUGGCCACCUUGCGCCCACUGUUAGUGCAUGUCUGCAGUAAUCCUGUAAAGUUCAGUGAUACAAACUUGCGAGCCGCUGCGUCAUUAGCUCUUGCUAAGUUCAUGUUGGUCAGGUAAGUUCAUGGCUAAACUCUAAUUAAUCAUAUCCCGUAGUUCUACACCUCAUUUGUUUCCCCCCAUCCCCCCGAAAACAAACAUCCAUUUGUUCUUUCGUAAGUAAAACAAGGCGGUCAUGUCGACUGAUAGUUUUGCAAUACAGUGUGCUAUACUUCCUAAUUUUCAGUUCUUUUAAGUCUUUCAAAAAGAGAGAAAAUAAAAGCCAGUAAGUUUCAUUUCUAAAAACUGUUUUACCAGUUCUUGAUUUAUCAGAUAUGAAAUUGGAAAAAAAAACUGGUCGCCAAAGGAAAAGAUGAAGAGUGAAACGACAUGUUUGAAUCGCUUCUUAUUCAUAUAGAUUUUUGCAAAACUGUCUCUGUGAGGAUAAAUAUUCAUCAUAAUUAACAGCACAGUAGGUCUGUCAGCUUGGAUUCUCUGCACAUUGCUGUGGAAGCGUAUUUUGUCUUGCAUUAGCCGUAUGUUUGUGCCACGAGGUUUCAUUUUUCCAAACUAUCAACUAAUUUUUUAUGUUUUUACUUGUUUCAGCUCUGAGUUUUGCGAAGAGCAUCUCCAACUUCUGUUCACGAUUCUAGAAAAGGUAAUUUUGCUUUGUUUAGUACGUCAUGUACAUACUCAUAUCUUGCAGUAAACAACUGACUAACAGCUUUGGUAAAACUGCUGAAUCAAAGCAAAAAAUUCAUUUUUUUCUAAACCUGUUUAAGAACCUGUUUUCUUUUGUGUGCCUUUUAGGCUCCACAAGCCACUAUCAGAGCAAACACUAUAGUUGCCGUUGGUGACCUGACGUUUAGGUUUCCUAACCUGAUUGAGCCAUGGACACCUCAUCUGUACGCCAGGUGACGAAACCCCUCAUGUUACUAACCCUUUACAAACUAACAUCACUAUGCAUGUUCUCCAUGCCGUUCUAUAUAAGUUUCCUAGGGUGCGGACAAGGAGAAUUUGUUUAAUAAUCAAGAGCCUCUUUAGCUUGCGAUCAUUUCCUUUAUCUUCCUAACCUUGAUGUGUGAUUCAGUAAGGAAAUUACAUGCUAGUCACUCUCAGGGGUUAAAGGGUAAAAACUUCACCUGAAUGGCAUACAUUUCCUAAAAAGUAAUUUUAAUAGUGUUUAGUAGUCACCCACUUUUCUUUCUGAAAAAUGUCACUAACACUUUACGAUUAUCGAAGUACAAACUGCAAAAUGUCAAUGAAAAACUGUUGAAACGGUUAAGAAACCAACCAUUAUUCGGUUGCCUUUCCCGUGCCAUUAAGGGGGAAAAAUUCAUUCGAGCCUUAAGAAGCCAACCGUGACAACUUUUUUUUCGGUACAUUGUAGAUUGCGCGAUGAGUCUAGCCACGUGCGUAAGAACACGCUGAUGGUGCUCACGCAUCUAAUUCUGAAUGACAUGGUCAAGGUCAAAGGUCAGAUCAGUGAGAUGGCCACGUGUUUAGAGGACAAAGACAGUAGAAUAUCCGAUCUGGCCAAACUGUUCUUUUUGGAAUUGUCCAAAAAGGUAAGAUUCUUUCAAUUUGAGGUUACUUCUAUUUAACUUUAAGCUCUACUUACCCCAAUAUAAGCAAUAGCGUUAUACAUACUAAUCUGAACAAUCGACUUUGAAAGCUUCAGAACUCAAGACUAGCCCGAGCAGCCAUUUAUCAUUUCCUUUACUUAAAAUCACUGAGUUGAGACAUACCACACAAAUAUCAUGAGGGAGAUCGUGACCCGCUAAUUUCACCACAUCUCUCACUCAUGAUGUGACUUUAAGAUGCACACGCUUCCAUUUCACACUGAUAAGCUAAUAAGCAGCAAGUAUUUCUCACAGUAUAACCACAAGGUUUGUAAGGGUUCUGGAAAAGCUGGAAAGGCCUGGAGUUUUAUCCUAACGUUUUCCAGGACUAGAAAUACCUGGAAAAAGACUACAGGUCCUGGAAAGUCCUGGAAAUCUGCGCAACUCAAGAAAUACAGAGAAAGAUGUUUUUCGUCUUGUCACGAGCGUGGGACAAAGUGAAAAUUUCUGAGUUCCCGUGAGGAAUCGAAUCGGGGGGCUCAGAAAUUUUUUCUUUGUCCCACGCUCGUGACAAGACGAAAAGCAUCUUUCUCUAUUUCUUUACCGCACUCAAAACUUCCCAUCUCUCUUAUUCUAUUUUCAAGCAAUGCAGCUUUCAGAAUUUGUUAGAAAUGUGUGUAGACCGUAAGGAGAACUGAUUUUGAAAUCUUGGGAAUGAAAGAGUUUAAGGUGAAAUUUGGAGUCCUGGAAAAAUCGAUCGAGAUCCUGGAAAGGUCCUUUAAAUUUUGUUUUUGAAAAAAGGUACGAAACCUGUAAUCAGGCUAAUGUUCACUUUAGGGCAACGCUAUCUACAAUAUUCUACCAGACGUGAUUAGUCGUUUAUCAGACCCCGACUGUGGUACUGAAGAAGAACUCUUCAGAAACAUCAUGAGGUAUGAAUAUUUACAGGAUGAAUUUGUAUAAUAAUUUGCUUCGCUAUUGUAAUUGUAAUUGCAUAUUGAAAUAUAAAUCAUAAGAUAGAUCAGACCAUCUUCGCUCCUACCGGGGAACCUUGGGCGUCGAACGUGGAUCGUCUCCGGAAAAUGUUUUCGCGGUUCUUUUCACCCCUACCCAGGUGGUGAUAUUCUUGUCAAGCUCAUCUUGGACAGUGCUUCUCUAUACCCUAUUCAAACUUUUUUUUCUUUUUUUACUAUAUCACAGGUACUUGUUGUCCUUUAUCCAGAAAGAUCGUCAAUCUGAGAGCCUUGUGGAAAAACUGUGUCACAGAUUCAGAGCAACUAAGUAAGUGCGCUGUUUGUAUUGCACAGAAAAUUUAACAACCAUUUGAACCAAACACGUAAGUAGAGGUGUGAAAACAGAGGCAGCCCCAUGAACAACUAGUAACCUUGGAAGUAAAACCAAGUUCACUUAGAAAAAGAUCUUUAAAUUCCUAAAAAUAAACCGAAACGAUCAGGGAAAUGUUCUUUCACCAACCACUAAGAGAGAGAGUAUGUUGCAUGACGAGACCAAAAAGGUGAUUGAUAGGAAACCAAAUCAGAUGAACCGACAAAAUCUAAACGUCCAAUCAUGAUGUGUAAUCAAACAGGGGUUACGUAGACUCGGAACCUCAGAUACACCUUAGUUUAUCGGAUAGUUUUUAAGAACCUGUCUGUAUUUUAACAACCACACUCGUAGCAUUUUUCCCUGUAGUGCAUCAUUCAUUUCUGAGCUGUUUGAAGACAAAAACUACACUAUCCUCUUUUCUUGAUGGCACCUUUCCCCUUGCAUCUUCUUUUCAAUCAGGACCGAUCGUCAGUGGCGUGAUCUCGCUUUCUGUCUGUCCAUGCUUUCGUACAACGAACGAGGAAUCCGCAAAUUGCAGGAGAACUUCUCUUGCUUCCACGAUAAACUGGCCGAGGAAGAUGUGUACCACUCCUUCCUGAACAUUGUCGGGAAAAGCAAGAAGUUUGCCAAACCAGAAGUGAAGGUAAGAAAAGCGUCAGUACAGAGCCUCACCCCAGCUCUACUCUAAUUAUCUCGCAAAAAAUGAAUCCAAGGGAAUUUUGAACGCAAAGAAGAUUAUGUUGUGAUAUUGCAUCGGUUUUGCUUUUCUUCACGUCGUGAUUAGUCGGGAAAAGUCGCGGAAUCCUCUCACCCAAAUAGUUGUAAAAUUUAUGCCAGUGGGAUUGCAGGUAUGUAAUUAUGGUUUUCAUUGGUUCUUUGUGGUAUUUUGUUACCGCUGAUUGGCCUUUUUUUGGUGUUUUGGCGAGUAAUAGAAAUACGCUCUUUUAGGAGGACCGUUUUUACGCCUGAUGUUGAUUUUCCACAACACGUCAUCAAUCUUUGCAGUCAUAAAAUGUGUGAAUUACUAGACUCUCCACUCAAAGUAAAGCAGUGUACGGUGAUAGGAAGAGAGAACUCAUCUUUUCAAUUCCUUGUCAACAGGCUUUAGUGGAUGAAUUGGAACAGCGCAUUAACUUUUGUCACACAAAGGGAAUGGAAGACGAGGAGGACUAUGAACGAGCUUCCAAAGCCGUAGGAGCGGCAACGGGAAACAAACCUAAAAAGAGUGCAGCUACCCCUGCAGGUGAGCGUUUUUUGAUUUGUUUUGUUUUGUUUUUUUUUUUUUUUUAAAUAGCUCAACUUGCUGUUAGUUUGCUGUAUGUGAUACACCGGUGUGAGAUUCUUUCUUUUUUUUGCAAUCAAAACGAUUGCAAAAGGUAAGUACACAAAGAAUAUCUACAAAUCUUUUCGCGAAUUCGGAAGUAUUACGUAAACGAAGUUGUUAUUUUUUAGCGAAGACAAGCCGAGGCCCUAAAGGUCGCACUCCAGGUACCAAAAAACGGCAACCAAAAACUGUCGACGACAGUGACGCUGAAGAUCCGAGUCCCAUGCCCUUCAAGACCCCUCGCAGUGUUGCCCGACCGCCGAAGGCUGGAAAAGAAAAAUCUACCAAUCAGAAUCGGCGAAAAAUGCCUUCGUUUGAAAGCGACGAGGACGAUAGCAUAGAGUUAUUUGACGUCGGCGAAGAGGAGGAGGAUUGCCAGAGAGGAAUUGAUUGGAAUGACGAGGAAAAUGUCAAUCCAAAUGUAACGAGUAAAAAUAAAGCAAACGACGCCAUAUCGAAGAAGGGAAGAAUCAACUCGCAAAGAAAAUCAAACCGAAGGCGUGUUAGUAGCACGUGACAAGCUUACUUGUCAAACCGGCUGUAAAUAUGUAUGGUUUAUCUUAUUAUUCUUGAGUGAUUUCAAUAGCCCGAAAUGUAAAUUAAGGGACUGUUUUAACUUACUGUGUGAAUCAGUUUUAGCAGCAUCGAACUCGUAGCUUUAUGGUAUUGUUUUGGGGGAAAAUCAACUCAGAAUACAAUGAAUCUUUUAUCGACAAGGGGCUCUGUGAUAACUAAGAGAAAUAAAGAUAUUUUAAAGUUAUGAAAAGGAGCUUGUUCAUCGUUUUUUAGAGAAUAUAGUUGUUGGUGUAAGUUUGAUUUCGUGUUACUCAUUUUUUAGUGAAUUAAACUUAAAAGUUUCGUGAGACUUUUAUUUUCCAUUUUACGUUAAAGCCUGUACAUAAACGUUUUUCUAAUUUCUAGCAUUAAAAGACUUAAGUG